AUGAAGCCAGCGACCACCACACCCAACUGUGGUAACUUCAACAUGAAGCCAGCGACCACCACACCCAACUGUGGUAACUUCAACAUGAAGCCAGCGACCACCACACCCAACUGUGGUAACUUCAACAUGAAGCCAGCGACCACCACACCUAACUGUGGUAACUUCAACAUGAAGCCAGCGACCACCACACCCAACUGUGGUAACUUCAACAUAAAGCCAGCGACCACCACACCCAACUGUGGUAACUUCAACAUGAAGCCAGCGACCACCACACCCAACUGUGGUAACUUCAACAUAAAGCCAGCGACCACCACACCCAACUGUGGUAACUUCAACAUAAAGCCAGCGACCACCACACCCAACUGUGGUAACUUCAACCUAAAGCCAGCGACCACCACACCCAACUGUGGUAACUUCAACCUAAAGCCAGCGACCACCACACCCAACUGUGGUAACUUCAACAUAAAGCCAGCGACCACCACACCCAACUGUGGUAACUUCAACCUAAAGCCAGCGACCACCACACCCAACUGUGGUAACUUCAACAUAAAGCCAGCGACGACCACACCCAACUGUGGUAACUUCAACACCAAACAGGUUCUCCGUGGAUCACCUGGCCCCUGGACGUGCCAGGAACGCCCUAACAACCAAUACCGUCACUCCUAA